CUGUUCUCUGUGCCUCGUUGCCCCCAUCAUCCGUCUCUCUGCCUGUCCACUUUCUAAGCUCCUGUAUCAGCUGCCUUGGCUCUUGCAGAUGAAAUAUCUUGACCCUCCCAGUCUGAAAUUUGGAGAAAUCAAGAUGUAACAAACAAAUUAGUGGUUGUUGUUACCUUUAAAUCCCAGAGAAGGAAGUAACACCAAAGACGCCAGCUGCCGUAACACCCGAAAGAAGGAAGAAGAAGAAGAAGAACCGUGGUUGUCAAAGUAACCAGUUGAGAGGAAGGAACGGAACCGUUUAUUAAUGUGUUUACGGUCGGACUGUUUUGAUGGGCGGACCCACAGAGUGCAUUUUGAACUUGUCAAUAGGAAAGCUGUCAUUCUCUUCCAUUUCUAAAUCUAGUUAAAUGUGUUCAUGAUGUCUAAUUUUCCACAUUUACUUUGUAACGCGCCUUUAGCCUUCAGGCGGUUGUCGCGCUGCAGAGGCUCAGGAAGGUGCGUCAGUUUGUGUUUUGACGCUCGGACUUUGCACUCUAGCCUCUCUGCUGAGCGGCCAUCCAGGACUAAGCACCAAUACAAAACUAGUUCCAGAUGUUAUACAAGUUCUGCCAGGACACAGCCGGUCCGGAUCGGCUGCGCCUCGGGGUUCUGGGGCGACACAGCCGCCUCAGUGCCUCAGCUGAUCCACAGUGGGAAGCUGGACUUCCUGGUGUUCGACUACCUUAGUGAGAUCACCAUGUCGCUGCUCACCGCCGCCAAGUCCAAGGCACCUAACCUGGGUUACGCUCCGGACUUUGUCCAUCUCGCCCUGGCUCCUUUCAUCAACGACAUCCACAGGAAAGGUAUUCGUGUCGUGAGCAAUGCGGGAGGUGUGAAUCCUCUGGCCUGUGCGGAGGCUGUACAGGAAGUCAUUAAAAAGGCUGGACUUGACCUCAAGGUUGCUGUGGUGACCGGUGAUGACCUCAUGCCUCAUAGAAACAGCUUCUCUGAUGUGCCAGUGGUGGACGACGACAGCAGACAACCGUUACCUCAGACACUCCACAGUAUGAAUGCCUACCUUGGGGCCGUUCCUAUCCGCCGCUGUCUGGAUCUCGGGGCAGAUAUCGUGGUAACAGGACGAUGUGUGGACAGCGCCAUAGCACUGGGGCCACUCAUGCACACUUUUGGAUGGGAGAGGGAUGACUAUGACCUGCUGGCAGCUGGGAGUCUGGCAGGUCACCUGAUCGAGUGCGGUGCUCAGAGUACAGGGGGCAUCUUCACCGACUGGCACAAAGUCCCUGACUGGGACAACAUGGGCUUCCCGGUGGUGGAGUGUUCCAGCGAGGGCUCCUUCAUCCUCUCCAAACCGCCCAACACCGGCGGCCUGGUGUCCUUUGGCACAGUGGCCGAGCAGCUGGUGUACGAGAUCGGAGACCCGCAGAGAUACCUGCUGCCUGACGUCACCUGUGACUUCAGCCAGGUGGUCCUUAAAGAAGUGCCAGGUGUAGAAGGCGGCGCCGUCAGAGUCAGCGGGGCGAAAGGCUUCGCUCCGUCACCUCACUACAAGGUGUGCGCUACAUACAUGGACGGUUUCCGGGCAACGGCGGUGUGUCCGGUUGGAGGGCCGCGGGCGGUUGAGAAGGCCCGACGCACUGCAGAAAGCAUCAUCAAACGGGUGAAGCGCAUGUUUAAGCAGUUAGGACUCGACGAUUUCAGCUCUGUUAACAUCCAGGUCCUCGGAGCUGAGGACACUUACGGGGCCAAUGCUCACACCAAGGGCUGCAGAGAGGCAGUGAUCUGGAUGGCUGUGCACCACCGACAGAAGAAAGCUCUCGAACUCUUCUCCAGGGAGGUAGCUCCUGCAGGGACCGGCAUGGCUCCUGGACUGACGGCCAUCGUGGGCGGGCGUCCCAGAGUGUCUGCGGUCCUGAAGCCCUUCUUCUUCUUGCAUCCUAAAUCUCAGCUCCAGGUGGACAUUCACAUCGCUGGGGAGCGGGUGGAGUCAUUGUCAGAGGUGGGACCAGACGCACCUGACCAGGAAGCUCCUCCCACCUCAGCAGAGGAUGUACCUGACACAGACCUGCCCAGUGGACCACACAGCUACAGACUGGAGGAACUGGCCUACACGAGGAGCGGAGACAAAGGAGACUCGGCCAACAUCGGAGUCAUAGCUCGUCAUCCCCUCUUCUUCCCUUACUUGAAGAAACAUCUGACUUCUUCUGUGGUGGAGGACUACUUCUCACACCUCAUUCAACCAGGAGUGCACAACCCUGUCACGAGAUACAUUCUGCCAGGGAUCCACGGCUUCAACUUUGUCCUGCAGAGUUCACUGGGAGGGGGCGGGGUGGCGUCUCUACGCAGCGACCCCCAGGGUAAAGCCUACGGUCAGAUGCUGCUGGACCUGAAGCUGAGGGGUCUUCCUGACCUCAAAUCCCUGGUGGACUGAGAGACAGUCAGGAGGGAAAUGGAGACACGAGAAGACUUCACAAAGAGAAAUGAAAGUGAGACUUUAAAGACGUCUUUCUCAAUAGAGACACAUACGAAUCAUUUAUGGAUCAUGUGAGAGAUGUUCUUGAGAACCCAGGUUGCAUCAGCUCGGUUUCCUCGUGAUGCCUUUGAACAUAAAAGCAAUAUUCCCAUGAUGGUUUGACCGUCACAAUGAUUCCUGGACCAUGAAAUCCUACCCCUGGUAUUUGUAAUCAUGUUUAUCAUUUCUUAUUUGUUUAUUAUUGAAGAUAAAAAGGCUCCAUAAUCUAAUGGGUUAUUCCAUGUAGCAUACACCACCUCUCCAACAGCUAUUAACAAACAAACAAAACAAAGGUGGUAUCAGCCUCCUUGGUGGAAAAGCUGGAAAAGAAGUUCAGUUAGAGAAUCUGCUAAUAAAAUAAAAUACAGUGGCAUUUACCAUCCCAGUUAAACUGUUUCAGUUCAUUGAAGAGCUUUUUGUAGGCACCGAGGAUCAAGAAUGUCUCCAACAAAUGUCACGGUAAUUCAUCCAGUAAUAAAGAUAAUGUACCACAGUGCUGCAAGAGCAUGGAGCCCUGUGGAACAUUUCAUAUUAACAAUUAAUAAAGGAUAAUAAGGAUAAUCACCUUUAUUAGGCCAAGCAUGUUACACGCAAGCAAUUUGUUUCUGGUACAGAACCAGUAAACCCCAGAUAAAGCAACAAACAGGCCCUGAAUUCAGGCUCAGCAAACUUUUCUAAAGUGAAUUUUCCCUUCUGGUAAAAGCUGAACAUGCAGAGCCACGUGAUAAUGUAGCAAGGUGCAUUUCAACUCAUACAGCCCAAAAUCACAUGGUAAAUGUGCACAUCAUCCUCAUAAUCUGGACUUGGCCUGUGCACUAGCUUCAGGGGAGCUGCUCCUGAGGCCUGACUUCCACGGGAAAGGCGGUUUGGGUUUCCAUCAGAGAGUAAACAAAGCAUCCACCACAACUGAGACAGUUCAGAUAUUAGACGGGCCUCAGAAUGUACCGGCAUGACGGGGGGGUUUUCCUACAGCUCCUUCAUCUCGACUCCACCUACCUCAGAUGUUUGCUGGCCCACAGAAAUGUAGCUGGCCCUGGCUGCCACCCAGUUAUCUAUAAUUGCAAACAGCCUUAAGCUGCAGUUGGAGUCACCCCACACCCAAACAAGUAUAAUGUGAUAGGUUCACAUGAGCAACGAGAGACUGAACGAGUACAACAAGCUAGUAAAAUAAAAUAAUUUUAACACACAGAAGACCACAAGCGUCUGUGCCAAAUGUCAUGAUGAUCUGGACCAUACAGUUAGUUCAGUGAAACACUAAAGGUCCAAGAACUGACCAUGAACUCGCACUGAGCCCAGGAUGAAGCCGAACGUCAGAACAUGUCUGAACACUGUGCCACUGUUUCUCAGUUCCUGUUUUCUCAGGGCGUGACAUGUUCAGACUCUGGGGAAUCGAUUGAAACGCCGUUCUCCACAUGACGCCUUGUUGUGGGCUCACAACUGCAUUUUGUACCACAGCCUUGAAUUUAUUGAGCCACUUCAAGUUCUCAUGUUUGUUUUGCUUUGUUCGCUUUUUAAACAGUGUUUUAUAGUUGAAGCUGAAAUAAGAUCACAGAUGAUUACACUAACAGGAUUCAAUUCAGUUGGAAUUAAAGGUCUUGAUCGCUCAGAAAUGUAAAGUAACCAACUGUAACAAAGACAAAUAAACUCACCUUUGACUUGUUUUUACAUCUUAUUAUAGAAUUUCAUUAGUUUGAGUCUUCAGCUGUCCACAGAGAAGUUCGCUGCAUGCAGUUCAACAGCUGGUUUGUGUAUGACUUUGUAGAUACUAAACUGAAGAGAUUAAAAGUAUUUUUAUGA